AUGUCUAACACGCCCACUCUCUCUCUUGAUCAGCUUCUUGGGACUCCUCCGCCUCCAGGGUUGCCAAUGGACAGUAUCCAAGCCAUGAGAUGGGGUGCCAAACAUCCCCCAAAAGAUCCGCAGGCCUCAUUUGUUGGCAAAGUAGUCAUGAUCUCCGGCGCCAAUUCUGGCAUAGGUUAUCAUGCCGCCGAAAAAUUUGCCAAGUUGGGUGCAUCCAAGGUGAUCCUCGCUGUCCGGUCGCCUGCCAAGGGCUACGUGGCCAAGGAGCAGAUCGAAGCAGCAAUGCGACGCAAUGAGAAGUGUGAUGACAUCGUUGUCAUGCAGCUGGAUAUGAGUGAUUUUGAAUCUGUCAAGCAAUUCGCAACCAAAUUGGAGGAAGUCACCGUCGACGGAUUGGACGUCGCCAUUUUGAAUGCCGGCAUUGCGGCGCCCAACUAUACAGUGAUCGAAACGACAGGCUGGGAGUCGUCUCUGCAAGUUAAUGUCCUAUCGACGGCUUUGCUUGCUAUCCGCCUUAUGCCUCUACUGCGACGGGCCGCAGCGAGAAGCGGCCAGCCGUCUCAACUGACCAUGACAGGUAGCGCGGGGUCCCUUUCCGUGACUCCGGCGGAUAUACCCAUCGAUGCGCCGAGCGUGCUGCAGGCCUUGAACGAACCCCGGUCGUUCGGCAUAAGAUCGACUUACGUCAUCUCGAAGCUACUGGUUUUGUAUAUCAUGCGCGGUCUGAUUGACAACUAUUCGGAGACUGUGUCGCCCGACGGGCCGAUGUGUCAGAAUACGCGCCUGCCGAUCUCUGUGGCCAUCAAUGUGAUCUGUCCCGGAUAUACAAUCACGAAUAUCGGUCAAGGCGGUCCCUAUUACAUGACUGUCAUUAAUAAAUUGUUGCAGAUGUAUGGGGGGAGAUCUGCGGAGGAGGGGAGUCGAUCAUUGGUGAGCGCAGCGUUACUGGGGGUGAAUGGACAUGGAAAGUUUUGGUCCCAUGAUACAUUUGUUGACCAGGGAUACAUGGUCACCAGUGAGGAGGGCCAGAACCUCCAAGCUCGGGUCUGGAAGGAAAUCCAUGAUAUUUGCAUGACACAGCUUUGA